GCCGUUUGCAAUGCUGUUAGGAGACAGGCACCCAACAGGAAUAUUCUUCCUCUUUCAUAGUCAUGCUACACAUCACUCUCGGUUUGUUAAACUAAUCAUCUCAUCUUGAAAAUGCCUUCAGACAGUGCCCACAGUACAGAUCAACCAUGCCUUCGGUCCAGCGAGAUAGUCUAGCAAGCACCAACCAACAUGCCGGCGACUUACUUGAGAGUGCUGCGCAUCUGAAGAACAAAGCCAAGUCGAAAGUCAAAGAUAUUGUCAACACACACAAUCCUACAGUAGAUGACCAUAACUCUACCGACAAUGAGAACGACAUCUUCGCCGAUGCGGCCUUCGAUCCAGCCCGGGUCCUCGACAAAACAUCGCCCCAAUCAAAAAAGUCUGCCCGAGCCACCAUUACAGAUGGCAUCAAGGACGCCAAAUACCUCGCUACCCAUCCACGACGAGUGAUGCGUAAUAAGGCUACGCGCCAGGCAGCGGCAACGAUUGGAAACGCCCGACAUCCUAUAUUGACGCCCGAUCGAGAUCAAGAACUACUCGACGCUCAUCAUGCUCUUGACCAAGCCAUCUCGAGCACAACUUCAAUCCGGGAAGAGGAGGAUUGUGAGGAAGCUAUUGGUGAAGUCGAAGAUGCUCAUGAUCGGAUACGAAAGGUCGAAUAUCAGCGGGAGAGUCUCCAAACGGCUUGGAUCCUACGUCGGCAUGUCUCUCGGGUUAGAGUAGUUCGACCGGUCCCUCGUCCUGAGAGAUCACAAUUUACUACCGAGUCCCGGUUUCAGUGGGAGAGAUAUGUCGGCCACCUGGCACUUUACUAUACGCGAGGGUUCACCGCGCCGUACAUUGAUGACUUUGACUCUCCUCCAUUUGACCUUGAAGAUCUCGCUCGCAUCAUCGAGAGGAUCGCCAUCACCAGCGCAGAUUGGCAGGCUUUCCUGCUCGGCAUUCGAGAAGUCUACAUGUGGAAAGAUCCAAAACGGACCGGGCGCUGGCUUGCCCUCUUUCUCGUGUUGUGGUAUACCCAGCAUAUUAUGGCGUACUUCUACUUCUACAUCAUCUACUCGACGUUGCGGAACAAGUUUCGGCCAAGCUCUGUCCAGACUGUUCGCGACAAUGUCACCCGGGCAAUCGAUCGUAAAGCUCGAGUUCAAGCCUGGGGUGACCUGAUCCAACGACAUGGCCAGCAUGACUGGCUCGAACCGUUCUUGGACGAGAUAGGUCCUAUCAUCCAAAUGCAGUUGGGUGAUGUUGCCGAUCUUCUUGAAGUCAUGGUCAAUUUUCACCGGCAUGAGAAGCCGCGGCUGACCAUGGCCACGGUGUUUUUCUUCUUUUGUUGUCUGGCCGUCAGCCUCUUUGCGGACAUGGCAUUUUGCGUGAAAUUGAUGUGGCUUAUUAUUGGUGGCGGCUUCUUCGUUACAUACCCUAUCGCGACGAAUUUCCCCAAGUAUCGCCUGCUUGUGUCUCAUUUCCGCUGGAUGUUCUGGGAUAUUCCUACACACGCGGAGUUGGCAAUAUUGCGGUUGCAAGAAAAAGCCGUGGUGAGGGAUGCCGAUUUGAGUGAGUUUGAAUGGCAGAAGGAUGAAGACGAUGAGGCUGAGGAUGAAAGCGCAAGCCACUCAGACGCUGAAGAGCGGGAAGAAUCGGCACCGUGGAGCGAAUCGCAUUCUUUCAAUGUCUUCGACAAAGCCGAUGGACGAGGUCAUCUGUUCGUUGGCAGGACAGGACUGGCUCUUCACACCAAGACUGCGAAACGAAGUUGGCCGUUCGCUGAACUUCAUGAGAUGCGGAAAUUUGAUGGCAUGGAGUCUGACUCGACUCUUAAAAACUUGAAGAAGCUACAUUCUCGGUCCUCUUCGACAAUGCAAAUCAUCUUGCUCCAUGGUGAGCUGGCGAUCCUGCUUCAUCCCGCGGAUCGGGAUCGAGUGUUCAACUUGAUACUGGCAUGGAGUGGGCAUAGAUGGCAGUCUCUGCAGAUGGAACGACAGAACAGUGAUCGGGGUAACCUGGAUAGAGCUAUUAAGCGAGUUUUUCAUUGA